AAUCCGUAUCCCAUCCCAAUUCACAAGCCGCCGUGACCUCUCCAUUUCUUCCGCACGCAUCCCUCGCCGCCUCGCGCCUGCACCGGAGAAUCGGUCCCAUUGCCCGCGAACCUGCGUGUGUGAGGUAUCGAACACCCCAAGAUGGCAACUUUCGCCUCACCACUCCUCUGCAACUUCAUGGCCAUAGAACAGAAGAACGCGCCUCAGCUGACCAACAGCAGAAAGCCGUCCCCGCGCCUGAGCUUCCCAACGACAAGGAGCAUGCCAACAUUGCCGUUGCCGGGCUUCAGAGCGAGGCCAGACUGGCGCGUCGCCGCCGUCUACAAGGUGAAGCUCAUUGGCCCCGAAGGACAGGAGAGCGUGAUCCAAGUGCCAGAGGACAGCUACAUCCUGGACGCGGCCGAGGAGGCCGGUAUAGACCUGCCCUACUCCUGCCGCGCUGGUGCGUGCUCCACGUGCGCCGGCAAGGUACUGGAGGGCUCCGUCGACCAGGCGGACCAGUCGUUCCUGGACGACGCGCAGGUCGGUGCCGGGUAUGCGCUCACCUGCGUCGCGUACCCGACGUCUGACUGCGUCAUCCAGACGCACAGGGAGGCCGACCUGUACUAGGCAGCCCAGUCCCACGCGUAACCGGAUCAACGACUGUGCACUUCCAUAGCUCCCAUUCGGAUUCGAUCUUGAGUUCUUGACACUGAUUCGCACUUGUGCUUUUGUCCUUGCAGGUAGCUAGAACUAGUAGUACAUUCUUUAAUCGUUAUUGUUUGGUUGCUGUGGUU